GAAGUCAUUUCUAAGCAAGGAAGUUCUAUAGCAGUAUACAAAUCUAAUGUUAAGAACAUGACAAUCACGUGCCCUGGGAUCGGAAAUGAGUGCGCGCUUUUGCGACUCAGUCCUUUAAAUGAAGCUUGUUUAAAGCGACAACUGACCUUUGCUCUCCAAUGCGUAUCGAUCGGGUCCCUAAACUUUCCACGAAGCCUGACAACAGAUCUUGAGUGAAAUCACUCAAGAUCUGUUGAACAACAGGAGGAUUGUGACUGCGCGUUCAAGCGCAAAAUCAGCAGAUUUCCGGAUCGAUUUGACGGGAGAGGACGUAAUCUGGGAGCACGAUUUUGUAGCAAUGACGAGUGAGCUGACUAGGUCCGUUUCUGUAUACCAUAGGCGGAAGGACGGUGCUCUCGAGCUUUAUGAUCGCAAGACCACGGAUCUGAUUCUCGAUGCAGCCGCGCGAGGUGAGGCGUCCGUGAGCUCCACUAAGUUACUCGGUCGCCCAGUGUUCGACCUCCAGACUAUGAAGCAACGAAAUUGGUGUUCGAACGAAGAAGAAGACAUAGUGAUUGAAAUUUCGUGGAGUCCGGAAAGCCUCAAAGCUGCGGAAGCUUUCAGCGGGAAACCUUCUACUCGUAGGAAGAUUCUGGAGAUGGCCAUACUCCGGAUCACCGAGGAGAAAACGCUAACCAAAGUUUUGGACUUGAAGGGGGUGCCGUCGCGCAGCAUACGCCCAAAUUCAUACCUAGGCCGAGGGCAUGUGCCUUUUAACAAUUUUGUUUCUUCUCUCGAGAACGACAUCUUAGCAAAGGAGGUUUACGAUGCAGUUCUACAGCUAGCGAGCGACCCUACGGACAGCGCCGUAAGUUUGCUUCAAACACAGUGUCUUUAUUUUCUCUUUCAUGGCACAAACCACAAUGUUAUGGAUAACAUAUUAAAAACUGGACUGCUUCCAAGUUUUCGUCAGGGGGGGAGGAUGCAAGAUUGGUUUGGCGUACAUUAUACUACGAGUCUUGAUUACACCCGUUCUAGGAAUCAGAUGCCGACAGGCGGGCAUAGUGGGUGUAAGCUUCUCCUAUUCAUGGUCUUGCGGCCUUGCAUUUCCUCUAGUAGUGUGGCGACGAGCUCUUGCAGUGGCAAUCAACUUCCUCUCGCAGAACUUACGCUGCUCUGAGUGGGUCUGGCAAAAGACAGGUUUGACGGGGCAAUUUGGUGCGGUCAGCUGGUCACAAAUGUUUACUAUCCUACAUCCUCGAACCAUGCUUCUUUUCAUUAAUCUUACCAUCUAAUACAUGCAUGUACCUUGGUCUCAUCACUCUUAUAAAUCAAGAUAGUGAUCCAUGCCAUGUUGAUCUAAUAUUCUUGAACUGCUUAACGGUGGUUCUUAACGAGGAUGCAGUAUUAGAUGACUAUCUUUAUUAAUUACUAAUUUCCAGAUUAGGAGAAUGGGUACAGUAUGCCACUUCCCUGUUAGAGCUUUUGAAUGUUCUAAAAUGGAUGUGAUGUCCAUACAUUUAGCCAAACUUUCAAUCAAUUUGACUACAGGCAUGGUGUCCUAGCUUUAGGCAGUACGACUGUCAGUACUAGCCCUUACAUUACAGAAGCAUUAGAAGAGGA